CCGGCACUUCAAGGGGCGGUUCCUGUAGUGUUCCGGGGCCGCGCGGUACUUAUUUAAGAAACACCCUUUUGUAUCAGUUUAUUUCUAAACACAAAGGCCUGCGAAUAACACGUGGGCCGUUCAAUUCAGAGCCACCCAGUUUUACAUGGAGGAUGAGGAGAUUAACGUACUUUGACCUUUAACCUUCGGCCCCGUGCGCAGGAGGGAAACGCCUACGUCUCUAUAUAAGGCCUUUUCCGGCCUUCGGCGGCCCCUUUUAGCGCUAGGCGUUCGCUCCCCGCGCUCGCGUUCUCCCCCCCCCUGCUGCCCCGUUCCGCGAUCCGCUGGCGCCAUGGGUUUUGGAGACCUGAAAACCCCCGCCGGCCUCCAAGUGCUCAACGACUACCUGGCGGACAAGAGCUACAUCGAGGGGUAUGUGCCAUCACAAGCAGACGUGGCGGUAUUUGAAGCAGUCUCCGGCCCCCCACCUGCCGACUUGUAUCAUGCCCUACGUUGGUAUAAUCACAUCAAGUCGUACGAAAAGGAAAAGGCCAGCCUUCCAGGAGUGAAGAAAGCUUUGGGCAAGUAUGGCCCUGCUAAUGUGGAAGACACCACAGGAAGUGGAGCAACAGAUAGUAAAGACGACGAUGAUAUUGAUCUCUUCGGUUCUGAUGAUGAGGAGGAAAGUGAAGAAGCAAAGCGGCUAAGAGAGGAACGCCUUGCACAAUAUGAGUCAAAGAAAGCCAAAAAACCUGCGCUUGUUGCCAAGUCUUCCAUCUUACUAGAUGUGAAACCUUGGGACGAUGAGACAGAUAUGGCAAAACUAGAGGAGUGCGUCCGAAGCAUUCAAGCAGACGGCUUGGUUUGGGGCUCUUCUAAACUAGUUCCAGUGGGGUAUGGAAUCAAAAAACUUCAAAUACAGUGUGUAGUGGAAGAUGAUAAAGUUGGAACAGAUAUGCUGGAGGAGCGGAUCACUGCUUUUGAGGACUAUGUGCAGUCCAUGGACGUGGCUGCUUUUAAUAAGAUCUAAUGUUCAUUGUAGAUAAUUGCCCUUAAAUAAAAGCUUGAAGACAA